CCCCUGGCCCUCUGUCUGGACAGUGCUGAUUGGCCCUAUGCUGAUCACAUACACUCCCCCAAGAAAAAACCCUCUAGCAAUACACACCAAACUGAGCAUGUGUAUGUGGCUACAGGUUCAGUCUGUCUUAUCAGGUGGAGGGGCAGAGAAAACAUGAUCAAAUAGCCUUUUUAGUGCAGAGGAUUAACCCCUUAGGUUCCACAGUGAGUAGAACAAGCAUGCUUUACUGCAUAUACAGACUGAUUUUACUGUAGUGGUUUAGUAACACUU